UUGACUUAUUAAAAAAGUCUAUAAAUUACAGAAUUUCAAAAAAUGGAAGCAGGCCAGAAUCUGUUACAGAAAUAAAGGAGAAUGUGCACAAAAUUAGUUUUGCUUCAAAUGUAUUGGGAGAAAAUAGUACUGGUGAAUGCAGUACUCCUUCUGUUAUAAAUUCAAAAUAUUUUCGACCAUCCACUAAUACAAAUGGCAGUGAAAAAUUUGCUGUAGGUUCUGCGAUUUGCAUAGAAAAAUCUAGUGAAAGUUUAAAUUCUAUCAAAGACAUUUUGUAUUCGUCACAACUAGAUAGAACGUCAAGUGAGGUUAAUUUUAGGGAUGAUCAAAUUACCUUGCGAUCAUCAUCAUAUGGGACUUACAUAAAUGAGCAAAAUACAUGGGGACUAGAUAAAAAUCUCACAAUGUCUAUAGAGAGAGGAAAAUCUCCAAUUUCGGAUAUAUUAGAUGUUGAACGGUUAAAUUUAAAUAAUCUUCCUAAUCUACUGCAAUCUACUACAAUUGAUAAUGCAGCUAAACAAAAUACAUUACUUAAAGAACAAGAUGAUGAAGAUAUAGUUUCCAUUAUUUCUGCAAAAUUGGGUUUGUCAGGUUCGGCUAAAUAUAGAAAGAGCGCCCCACUUAGAAAAGCUGAAAAGGAGAAUGAAAUAUCUGUAGUCUAUCCAACAGAAGAAGGAAAUUAUGUUACAGAUUUAGCAUUUGAAACUGAUUUAAAGAAACAAUUUAAUGAAGGUUUAUUCUCCGAUGGCGAUUUUAGUAAAGUUGCUCUGUUAAACUCCGAAGAAUUUUUUCCUUCAGAUGAAGCUGCAAAAAUGUUAGCUAAGGAUGAAAAAGAUUUUGAGGAAGCCCAUAUGUUUGAGGGAGAAACAAUCCAUAAUCCAAGUUUGAUCAGUAUGAAUAGCAGUUGGAACUUUGUGGGGAAACAAGACAUAACACGUCCGUCUUGGUUUUCUGACAAAAUUGACGAAGACAAGUCUUACAUGCGAAUAUCCAUUGGACGGUUUAUGCAAGCAAAGACGGAAGCUCUCGGAUCACUUUCUGGAGAAAAUGCUGAAAGGCCAACAUUUGGUUCUAAUUUCACUAUUCGUGAUUCCAAAAAUAAUUUGAAACAAUCAGAAAUCAAAGAUGUUCAGAUCGAAUUACCUCGAAUAUCGGCUAAUAAUUCACCACAGGUAUCUGACAGUGAUUCAGAAAGAGAGACUUCAAGCGUCAACAGUGUCCUGAGUAUCAAAUCAAUUUCUAAGUUAAUAUCUGAAGCAUCUCUCAGCGAUAAUCCAAAAGAAUUGGCUGAAAGAUUCCUAGCAAAUAUGAAUGCAAAAAAAUCUAAGAAAAAAAUUCAUAAAGAAGAAAGAAAGGCUUUAAAAUCUCAAGUCUCUCGAUCAAGAAGUAUGUUUUUGUCAUCUCAGGAUUCUGGCAUUCACUCAGAUUUAAUCAAAACUAAUUCUAAUCAGGAAUUAUCUUCAUCGUCAUCAUCUACGCAAUCGAAAACUAUGAGUCUGACUAAAUCUAAGCAUUCGCAUUCUAAGAAAAAAUCUCUUAAUAAUAAUGUAGAAAAAUUACAGAAACUUCAUGAAAAUUCUAAGUCAAAAAUAAAAAUCAGUAAUUCUAAUUCAUUAAUUAGAAAAAGUUAUUCUGCUCAGACUUUAUUUGAAUCUAAUCAGAAUGAUAAUUUGACAAGUUUAAGUAAAGAAAGAACAGUUUCAGAUACCAAUCUUCAUCAUCCAGUUGAUUAUUUUGUUGAAAAUAAUGCAAAAAUUGAUUUAAAUAAAACUUUAGAAGCACCAAUACACAACACUUCUGAAGAGGAUUUAGACAAAACACUAACGACGGUGCCAGACAUGAAUUUGUCAGUAGAAAAAGUAGAAAUAUCUAAAAAUUCAUCUGGUAAGGUGGAAGCAGCAACCUCUCCUCUUCAGUUAUCACAAGAAGAUAGGAAGAAUUUGUUUCAUUUGGUUCCUAAAGUUGAGAAUAACAGUCAGACUACGCAGCUUGUAGAAUCGCAAUUAUUAUAUACAACUGCAAAUUCAAAUUUAAGUGGACAUUCUUGCUCUUAUCAUCCUUCUAAUGUCUUUAAUCAUCAGUACUCUAAGUGUGCACCUACUAGUUGUGUGCUAUCAUCUACGAUUCCUAUGGCCAUUCCGUACGGCACGCCCAUAACGUCCAUCCAUCCAACUCCUUACAUGCCGGUUACCAUGAAUACAAACUGUUUCACAAGUCAUGGAAUUACCAAUUAUUGUCAUGGUUCACUUCUAGAGUCACACAAUUCAAUUAAUUUUAUGAAUACUAAUCAGUUGCAGUUUAACAACUCUGUGUGUCCGACAUCAACUGUUUCAGGUGCCGCAAAUACGAACCACAAAAGAAUGGUGGAACUGCGAUUGCUUGAACCAAUUUGUGUCGGUGACACUAAACAGUUCAUACUCAUCUUGCAGAAUCCCACUCUCUCGUGUCUCCUGUGUAGUUUAGAUGUGAGUGUAACAAUAGAUAAAAAAGUACUGCCUACAACUAGUGUUUCUGGAUUUGUUUUUCCACAACAUGUGCAAAUCGAAUCGGGUGCAACAAAGAAAAUUCAUAUUAAUUAUAUACCUCGUCAGAAAGGAAAUAUUGUUGCUGUUCUGGAAGUAAAUACAGAUUCAUCUGCACCUGUAUUUGGCUAUCCGUUGACUGCAGUUAUAACAGCGGAAGUAGAAUGGCCGAAAGUAUCUAUAUUAAUGAAUCGGGGAGCUAAUUUUGGAACCGUACCUGAAUGUCAAAGUGUGAUUCGUUCAGUUAAACUUGUAAAUCAUGGCACUGCAGUUGUUCCUAUACGUCUACAAAUUUCAGAAGAUUUUCACUGCAAUCAUUCAUUUUCCUUUGGAGUUCAAGAAGUAAAUACUAAUGAAUCCAAGCAUUGCAAUUCGGUCUGGCAUUUUCUCUCUUCAAAAAUUCUAUUUUGUCGAUUGACUCCGCAGGAAAGUCAACAGACAUCAGAAGGGAUAGAAUUUCCCCUCAUUUUUCAGAGUGAGAAAAUAAAAGAAGGUAACUUAGAGCAAGUUUCGGCAAUAUUAAAUGCAACUUUGGAAAGUUCGGUUAUUUAUGAAGCUCUCGGAAGCAUCAGACUGUUUGCCGAAGUCGGAGUUGUGAAAUUUGUAAUUAAAGAAUCAAAUCAGGGAAUAAUAAUGGAAACGCAGCCAAAAUAUGAGAUUCAUAAAUCAGUUUUGCUAGAGAAUCAAGGCAGUGUUUCAGGAGUAAUUAAUUUAAAUUUUAAAGAUCCCGAAUGCGAGUUUAAGGUGCUUCCUCAUACUUUAGAAACGAACCAGGGAGAAAGAAUGAAGAUUCAAUUAUCUUUUUGCCCAAACGAUAUCGGAAUCCGAGAAAAUAUUUUGCAAGCUAAAUUUGAAAACGAAGUGUAUGAAUUAUUAACAGUUAGAGGAAUUUGUAAGAAGAAAGAAAGAAGGGACAUUACUAGAAAAAAUUAUAUGGAUUCAAAUUACAAUAACAGUCCAAUAGUUUUAGAUGGUAACAUUCAUUACUUAACAUGGGGAGGAGUUGCUAUAGGAGAUAAGCAGUGUAAGAAGUUAAUACUCAGAAAUGCAUCUCCAACUAAUAUGGUGCAGUUAAAAUUAUUUAUUAAAGGCGAUUCUUCUUUUCAGCUAGAAGAUAACUUAUUAAAGAAGUCAGACGUUACUCUGCUGCCUUUAGAAACAAUAACGAUAAAGGUGGUUUUUGCACCAAAAAAAGUGUCGGUAGUCAAGGGUACAUUAUAUGUCAAGCCAAUAACGCAAGAACAGAAUAAAUUUCAUUAUUCUUUUCCUCUGACUGGAUUUGGUGGCAUUUGCAAACUGACACUUCAAGGUAUUGACAGACACGAAGAUGGCAGCUAUUAUUUCGAGAUACAAAGCCAAGUUGCACCGGAAUAUUCUAAUAUAACUCUGACAGAUUUUACGUUAGUUAACAAUGGAGAAAGAGCAGCAUUCGUCAAAGUUUUAUGUUAUACCGAUAAUAAAAUGACUCAAUUGGUUCCGACUAGUGUGAUGAGUGUGCAGCCUUCGGAAUUUGUUCUUCAACCACAAGAAAAUCUGAUGGUGGUGAUCGUAUUCAAUCAUGAAGUUGCUAAUGUGACAAAAAUUUCAUCCGGAAUUCUUGGAAUCAUGUAUGGAGAAGAAAUUCUUAGACAGAGAUUGAAGUCUAUGUCUGUUGAAACUGAUAAAUUGGUAGACAUGCCUUUUCCCCUUUCUAACACUUUUAUCUUUACUUCAAAAUAUGCUGGCGAAGCCAAAAUUUCUCAAGAUCCAGUUUACCAAGAAGCACCUAGUGACGUGAAUAUUUUUUAUGAAAAUUUAUUUCGGUAUUUUAUAAAUUUUUCAGUCUGCAGCUCAAAUAAUAUAGAAAGUUUCUUUAGUUCUGAUCAUAUGACAGAAUUACACGAGAGUUUAGGUAGUAUAAGUGAAACCAGCCCAUUAGAAUCACUAUUAAUGAACAAAAAGGAAAAUUUUUCAAAUCUGUAUUCUCCACCCGUGAAAGGCUGUUCCAAUAAUCAGUUUUCGGUCUUGAGUAACAUAACGGCAGACCGUAAUCCUGUUAAGAAUUUAUCACUCUCGAACAAUCUUUUAUCUAAAACCGAAAACUAUAUUUUGGAAGAUCGAAAGCAAGAGAACGAAAACAGACAAAUGUGGAUGGUGGAACCGUCAUCUGUUGAACUUGGUCAGGCAAAGCGCGUUGCAAAAUUGCAGUUUAUAAAUCUGUCUGACGAUAAUUUAAGGUUCAGAUUGAUCAGUACUCUUGGUAUUCUCGUAAUAGCUCCCGAGCAAGGCAUAAUUUUAGCGAGGGACAAACUCGACAUCUGUAUUCGUCUCCCUUCAUCAUACAAAGAUGAAAACGGACCAGAUUUACUAGAAGGCAUCGUUACGGUUGAAUGUAAUGGUACUCGAAAGGCUAUUGCCAUCAGAAUAGUGAAAGAGGACUCAUACGAUGCUGAUAAUUCGUGUGAAGAAUACUCUCACAUAGAUACAUUGCUGGAUGCAAGUGAUGUAAAUGGAACUCUCUUAGAGUUGGCUGUGUAUUGUCCAGAAAAAAUUGACUUUCCGGCCACAGAAGUUGGUUUGUCAUCACAGACGAUGUUUACGAUUAGGAAUUUGAAGAAGCAUAGUAUUCACUGGAUGCUUUAUCCAUGUUCUCGUCAGGCAGACAUGAAAAGUCAAGAAGUGGAUCCCGGAUCACCACAGAUAUUCAAACUAAAUGUACAGAAUGGACUAUUGAAACCUCGGGAAGCACUAGAAAUAUGUGGGAUUUUUGCUCCGAAAGAAGCCAUAACUUACUCCGAAACAUGGCAAUUAAUUGUCACUUCUAAGAAAAGAACUUUUAUUUAUUUUAAUGGAGAGGGAAUUAAAAUGGUGACAGAAGAGAGACAUAAAAGUAAUCAAUCUGGCUCUACUACUAAACACGAGUUCAGCACCAGAAAGAAGCAUUCUGCAAUAGAGAACGGCAAACAGUUUUGUGGCAGACCUAUUUUUUCGACAGUUAAGCAGAUAGACUUUCCGUUAGUUACAUUCGGGGAGAGUGCGAGUGUGAAAAUAAAGCUGAAAAAUGUUGCAGAAGAAGAUCAUAAGAUCUCUCUAAUUGCACCAAAUUCGCCAUUUUUUGUCAAGUAUAGUAACUUGAUAGUCAAGGGUAAGCAUUACAUGAACAUUCCGGUCAGCUUUCAGCCGACAUCUGAAGGUAUCUACAAUGACGUCUUGUUAGUUCAUACCGAACUGAAUUACGACAUCAAAAUUUCUCUGAAAGGAGAAGCGACAUCAUCACAGAAAAAAUCAGUUUGUAAAUAACAAUUUUAUACUUUUAAUAAUUUCUUGUAAACUAUAAAUUAUUUAUAUUGUGAUAUUUAUAAAUGUAAACAGAAGUUUUUAAACUGUUAGGCA